UUUUUCUAAAAUCCAUAGCGCGAGCGUAAUGCGCUAAUAAAGUAGUACGACGCGAGCACGAUCUCUAACCAAAGCAAUUUUUGUCGAGUCAGAAAUCCUUCGACGUUUGCUUCGUAUCCGAUUUACGGAACAACAUACUGUCGACUCCAGCUGACCCACUUCUUCCAUUAAUUAACGCUUUUCUUCGAAAGUUACACGAUGCAAAAGUUUCCACGAUGCUGCAAAAUUAACCUACGAUCUACGUUCGAGAAUUUUGGGCCGAAAACGUAACGAACGACAAGGGGUCGGGAUUACAAGCUCGACGAGAAGGUAGGGAGCGUGGUCGAAGUGAAUGGCUUUCUCAUCGGAUCCGUGGAUCUUCAGUAUUCCUGGUUCCAGUCGGACCGAUGGACGGUCUCCUCUCGCGUGCUAUUUGCUACAUCGGCCGGAUCGGUCUGCUCGAUGUUCGAUGUUCGAUCGUAACUGAGAAACUUGCGACGGGACGAAAAAUUUAGUGUUCGAACGUCCGGCACGUUUUUUGCCAACUGUAACCAUGAACGCGGCAACGAUCUUGUUGGUCCUCGUGAUAGGAUUAGCCUACGGUCAAUUGAAUUUCGAGGGUAACCCGUUGACGGAGGAUACCGAGUACACGGCUGUGGAAUCACGAUUCUCCGAAAAAACUGCAGGACAACAGGAAACCACGGUGGACGUGAUCAAUGCUUCGGCAGAAUCUCCUCAAAACGUUCAUCUACUAUUCUCAGACGUUAAAAACUCAUCCCAGUAUGCAAAUCCGACAAAAACUUCCAUCGAUGAUCAUCCAGUGAAUCAUACGUGGUCGCACCUUGAAAGGCAACAGAGGAUCGUUCAAUCGGGUCGUCAUCUGUCUGCGAAUACGUACAAUCAAGGAAUCGCCUCCGUCAACAACGUUGAAGUUGCCUUGAACUCUUUUCUUAAUUCGAAGACGCCAGAGGAAUCACGUCUGUCUUUGGACCAUUAUCUACAAAGCCGAGAAAUCCCUCAGAAUGCCAAAGCAAUAAUCACCAAUCAACAGCAAUUAACGCAACAGCCAGUAACACGUGUUAAUCAGGAGACCGUGUCUUCUCCGGUGAACCAACACUUGACUGCGCAACUCAUGCAACAAAGGCAGGCGCCGCAAACUUUUCCAGUUGGCCAACCAGCUAAUCAACCGACCUACGGUGCGCCUGUGAACUCGGUGGAUCUUCGUUCGACUAUGUCAAAUCCGGCAACCGCGUCACUGAUGCAGCAACAGCAGAUGUUACAACCGUACGCAUCUGGAAUUCAGGCAAGGAACGACGUCUACUAUCCUGGAUGGUAUCAACGCGUAAGAAGGGUGCGUGGAAAGCCGUUUCCCUAUGCGCAAUCCAGGGGUGGUCCAGGAUUCUACGCCGGUCCAGUUCCUCCAGCAGUGCCGUUCAAGCAGAAAGGCCCACCCAUUGAAGUAAUCUACACGAAGCCACCAGGAUUUCAUCGUGGGCCACCACCUAUCAGCAACCCUCCGGUUCCGUACGAAGACGCUAGUGCUUGGUUCCCUGAAGCUGAUCAUCCACCGUCAACCAAAGAUGUUUACUAUUCUCAGCUAUACGCUCAAUCCUAUGAUCCUUAUUAUUACAAUUAUAUCGCCAAAACGGGCAAAAUAAAUCCUCAUCUGUACGGCAAAUUAGGUAAGUAUCACGAAGAAGAAGGGGACGGUAUCUGGGGAGAAUUGUAUCGAGGAUUCAAGAAACACGGCCUGAAAAAUAUCAUGACACCAACGUUUCUCUUGGGAAUGACUCUCCCUGUGGUCACUCUGAUGCUCACGGCUCUCGUACAGAAAAGGUCUCUGUCCAGAUCGGAUUCGAGAGAAUUGACAAUGGAGAACAAGAUCCAGGAUUAUUUAGAACAAGUUCAGAAAGCCGUGGAAUGUUACGAGAAGAAACGUAGGAAGAGGAACACGAGUACAGAUGAGUGUUAGAAUUAUGAUUGAUUUUAUUAAUUUAUUGAAUGUGGAUAUCGAAUGGGUAAUAGAUGAAACGGAAAGGAUAUCUAGAAAUCGUGUACAUAUUUCGUGUAACAUAUUAACGAGGGAAAUGCUCGUAAGAUUGUGUAGAACAGAGAGUGAUUUCUCUUACAAAUGAUUCUCUGUCGCAGUCGGUGGUUUAUAGCGAGUGAUUAAUUACAUAAAAUCGCGGUAGACCAUCACGAGAUAUCAAUGGGGAGAAGGUGACAGUGAAACGUCUCCCGCGACGAGAGUGGCUAAACGUGAGAAGCAAACUUUCGCGGGUCAAUUAUCUACGACCCUAUUCGCAUCCGCGUGGGUGUGCAACUCGCGGAUAGUAAGAUUAAUUACCAAUGAUAUCGAGCUACUUUUACUUUUCUAACAAACUACUCGACCACGAGUGGAUUAGUAGUAGCGGCUUUGAUUAUAAACGAUGCAAUUGGGAAAUACAAAAACGUUGAAACUUUA